CUUAACAAACUGCGGCUGGAGGGCAAACUCUGUGAUGUGAUCAUCAAUAUACAAGGCACCGAACUGAAAGCGCAUAGGAUUGUUCUCUGUGCCUGCAGCUCUUAUUUCCGUGCUCUAUUCACUGGCGGCUGGAACAACAACUACAACAAGAAGCGGGUGUGCAACAUCCCUGGGGUUCUGCCUGACAUGAUGAGGCUUAUCAUCGAGUACGCCUACACGCGCUCCGUCCUGGUCACAGAGGACAACGUAGGGCGACUUCUGCCAGCUGCCGACCAGUUCUGUGUCCUGGGGAUCGUGCAGGCUUGCGCCGACUUCCUGGAGGCCCGGCUGUGUCUUCAGAACUGCAUCAGCAUCUGGAGGUUCACUGAUGUCUACUUCUGCCCCGAGCUGCGGUGCCAGGCCUCCCGCUUCAUCCUGCAGCACUUUGAGGAGAUUGGGCGCGCCUCCCAGGAGUUCCUGGAGCUCACACUUGCUGAGCUCUGUGACAUCAUUGAGAGGGACAACCUCAACGUCAAGCAGGAGGACGUGGUGUUCAGUUCUGUCGUGCGGUGGAUAGCACACAAGCCACACGAGCGCAAAGGUUACCUCUCUACGGUGCUGCCCAAGAUACGGUUGGCCUUGAUGAAUCCUGAUUAUUUCUUGAAUGUUGUGAAGAUGAAUUCACUCGUGAAGGACAGUUACGCAGACUGCAAGUGCAUAAUCUUAAAUGCCCUCCGGACCAUGUGCAACUCUCGCUUUAAGACAUUAACCAGCUGCCACUACUACAGCCCUCUAAGUCGUCCACGCCUGCCCUAUGCCAUCCUGCUAGCCAUCGGGGGCUGGAGUGGCAACACACCCACCAAUGUAAUCGAGUCCUAUGACAUUCAGGCGGACACCUGGGUCAACGUGACGCAGAAGGAAGACAACCCCCGCGCCUACCAUGGCACUGUUUACUUAGACGGCUUUGUUUAUUGCGUGGGCGGCUACGACGCUGUGGAGUUCUUCAGUGAGGUGUGCAAGUUUGACCCCGUGACACACACCUGGCACAAGGUGGCGCCCAUGCACUCACGGCGCUGCUACGUGAGUGUAGCUGUCCUGCAUGGCUGCAUCUACGCCAUGGGUGGCUUCGACGGUUACAUUCGGCUCAACUCAGCGGAACGCUACGAACCCAAGACCAACCAAUGGAGCCUCAUCCCACCCAUGCAUGAGCAGAGGAGCGAUGCCAAUGCUACCACACUGCAUGAUAAGGUGUACAUCUGCGGGGGCUUCAACGGGGAGCAUUGUCUGUCUACUGCAGAGUACUACUGCCCCGAAACCAACCAGUGGACUGAGAUCACUCCUAUGAGUGGCCGCCACAGUGGGCUGGGGGUCAUCACCUAUGGGGAGGAGGUCUAUGUGGUGGGUGGGUUCGACGGGGUUAGUCGUCUCCGGAGCGUUGAGGCAUACAACCCCCUGACCAACACCUGGCGUGCCAUGCCUGACAUGAUAGUUGCACGCAGCAACUUUGGCAUCGAGGUUUUGGAUGACCGGCUGUUUGUGUUGGGAGGCUUCAACGGCUUCACCACCACCUUCUACGCAGAGUGCUUUGAUGAAAAAACCAACGAAUGGUGUAGCAUCCAGGACAUGGGCAUCUUCCGCAGUGCCCUCAGCUGCUGUGUGGUGCCCGGCCUGCCCAACGUCUCUGAGUACUGUACCCCCCGUGACUCCCAGAAGCCCCCUUUAAGCACCUAUGAGCGUGAACUCCAGUUCUAG